ACACUCUCUCUCUCUCUCAACUCUACUCGACCCAUCAAUCAAUAAGGCGAUGGGCAUCCUCGCAGACAUCGACUCGACUGUGCGCGAGUGGGCAUUAUGGUUGUUCCUCAACACCUCGCCCGAUGCACCAAUACUAGCCGAGUACAUCAUUGUAACCGCCAUCUGCCUUCGCGAAGACUCUGAACUUAUGGCCGACCCGGAGGUGGCCCUGUGCGUGGAAAUCAUGCUCGACGCCGAGCGCGACCCGCAGGCGGCUGUGCGCGCCGUGAAGGGUUUGCACGAGCGGUUGUCCAGUUUCAUCGCGCGCAACGGUCCGCGCAACAUUGCGCGCAACGUGCGCACAACGUACGGAAUAUCGGAUGAUGUCGCCUUCGUCACAAAGGGACACGACCACGACCAGACAAUGCGCGAGCUCGUUGCCCUCCAUACAAAGCUUGUCACAGCAGGGCCAAAGCCCACCACACCGGCCGACUUAUUCCACGUUGAGACAGAUAUUCGCCGCGCACACUACAUGGUUGACGCCGUGGCGCAGCUCGCGCGCGACGGCGCCAUCGACGAGCGCGCCUUGUUCCCCGAGAAGGGCCUGGCGCGGUCCCACGACGACGUGAAGCGUGAGAUUGGCGAGUGUUCGCGCCUCUACCGCGCACAAUGGGAGUGCGGGCUGCCAAAGGGGAUUAGUAAGGACGAGAAGAGGCUCGCUUUCCGCGAGUACCGCCGUAAGUGGGCGGCGGCAGCGAACCGCGGCGAAGCGGCGCUUGUUGUUUGGCGGCAGGAGCGGCUCGCGAUGGUGAGAGGUGGUUAGGACCGCGGCGUGUAUCUUCUGUUCUGUAUCUGUUUGGGCUGGCGGCGCAGGUGGAGAAUGCCGCCGAGUAUGACC